AUUACGAUUUACAAUUGGAGAGACGAUAUCCAGAUGAGCCGCCCCGUUUCAGCACGCACAGUUGGAUUUUCGCUGCUGCUGCCGUUCUUUGCCUUUCUGACCGAUCUGUCAAAUCGGAUCAAUUUGUGGAGCAAAUUCGGACCUCAGUAGCUUGCACCGUUACUGUGGGGACUAACAUCGUCGAUCCCUUGCUGCACCCAUUCUUCAACUCAGCAGUCCCUGACUGUCACAUAACCCCGGAUUUCUGAUUUGUCAGUCCCCUAAAAUAUAUAAACUAUGGAUAGAACGGAUCUUAUUCAGAAGGCCAAGCUGGCGGAGCAGGCUGAGCGCUACGACGACAUGGCAGAUUGCAUGAAGGAGGUUACAGAGAAGGGUGGCGAGCUGUCAAACGAGGAGAGGAACCUGCUGUCCGUCGCCUACAAAAACGUGGUUGGGGCGAGGCGGUCCGCAUGGAGGGUGAUGUCCAGCAUCGGAUUGAAGACCGAGGGAUGCGAGAAGAAGCAGCAGUUGGUCAAGGAGUAUCGGGAGAAGGUGGAGAAGGAGCUGCAGGAUAUCUGCAACAACGUUUUGAAACUGCUGGAUAAUUAUUUAAUUGGAAACUCCACAAAUCCCGAGAGCAAAGUCUUCUAUCUAAAGAUGAAGGGGGACUACUAUAGAUACCUUGCUGAAGUUGCUUCUGGAGACGACAAAUCAAAGACCAUUGAAAACUCACAGCAAGCAUACCAGGAAGCGUUUGACAUCAGCAAGACUGAGAUGGACCCCACACAUCCCAUCCGCUUGGGCUUGGCACUUAACUUCUCUGUCUUCUACUAUGAGAUCCUCAACUCCCCAGAAAAAGCCUGCGAGCUGGCCAAAAAGGCAUUCGAUGAUGCCAUUGCAGAGCUUGACCAGCUAAAUGAGGAGUCCUACAAAGAUAGCACUCUUAUCAUGCAGCUCCUCAGAGACAACCUGACAUUAUGGACAUCGGACAACGCUCCUGAGGAGGGCGAAGGCGGAGAAGGAGGAGAGGGUGGCGAGAAUGAGAACUAAAACACACAAGCCCUCAAUGUUUGGGUCAUCUCCAAAAACAACAAAAGGAAAAAAAAAACUUUUUACACAUCCUUCAUUCCUUAUUGCUCCACUCAAACAUUCUACCAAUGAAACCCAUUGCUGAAAAGAGUUGUGUAAGGAAAUAAAUAAAAAAAAAUAAUCAUUCUUUUCACAAUGCAGAUUUGGACAACUGGUGAAAAGAGAAACCCUCCAUUCUUCUGGUUUGUGUUUGUCCUGGCCUUCCCAUGUGUGCAGUUUCAGCUGUAGAAAAGUGAUUGAUAGCUUGACAAUGGUAUCGGACUCCUAACUCAAUUUAGAGGCAGAAAAAUUUAAGUCCCAUCAUUAAACAACUGUAAGCCUAAAUCCCAUUCAUUGAGAGAUUUUGGAUUUUUUUCCCCCAAUAAGAAAUGUUAGAUAUAAAAGUAGUUUUUCCCCAUACCUUUUCUUUUUAGUGUGUCUGUCUCUACAGUUACGUGGUACGGUUACAGCAGCUGAAGUCCAACUUCAAACUAAUUUUCAUACUGCAGGGAAAGCCAGUGUACUUUACAUGCUGGCAACAAAUAUUAUAAUACAGCUAAGUAAUGCCCAUUGGUGAAAUCCUCACUUUCUGCCCUGGUUAUGAUGCCACUCUAUCACUGAAGCAUGUCUGUCUGUGGGGGGAAAUGGUGGUGCUUGUUUGUCUGACCAAAUGCAGGGACCUUUUUAAUGGGAAGAAGACAAUUCUGUCAUGCAUGUCUCUUGAGAUAUUACACUGGAAUGGGAACAAUUGCUGUAACACACACAAGUCCAAGUGUUAAGUCUAGUAAUUUUCAAUGCAGGUUUGUACACAUCCUACAAGAGGGUGAUUUGUUAGUCUGUCCAGUGAUUGUCAUUAGAGAUUUGGACCACUAUUGUUUUGCUAUUCAUUCAAUUGUAGUCCCCAAAAGCCUUGUGGAAAUGUUUGAAACCCUAUGUAUCAGCUAUGUUAACAUGAAUAAAACAUUUUAUAAACCAAG